AUGCGGUGGAGCCCGGCUGACCCGCGCCUCUCCGGCCCGAGCUCGGCGCCUCUCGGGUCGGGCCGCAGAUGGACACCACCGUCCCCAGGUCCUGGGCCACAGCAGCACCGCGCCCUCCACCUCUUCCCACACUCUGUGCCCGCGGCGCUCGUCCCUUGUCCGCCCAUCGCGGCUGACGGCGGAUACCGGAGUCCCCGCAGCUACGGGCAUCUGGAGGGCGACGUGCGCUGGCGGCGGCUCUUCUCCGCCACCCGCUUCUUCCUGCGCAUCGACGGCGGCGGCGGCGUGGAAGGGACGCGCUGGAGGGAGCGGCCGGGCAGCAUCGUCGAGAUCCGGUCGGUGCGUGUUGGCGUCGUGGCCAUCCGGGCGGUGCACACCGGCUUCUACCUGGCCAUGAACAAGCGGGGGAGGCUCUACGGGUCGAAGGAGUUCAGCCCCAACUGCAAGUUCACGGAGCGCAUCGAAGAGAACGGCUACAACACCUACGCGUCGCUGCGCUGGCGGCACCGCGGCCGCCCCAUGUUCCUCUCGCUCAAUAGCAAGGGCAGGCCACAGCGAGGGGGCAAGACACGCCGGCAGCACCUCUCCACACACUUCCUCCCCAUGCUCGUCAGCUGAACACCGUGGGCAGCUCCGGAUGGUCCUGUAGGGAAAAAAAACCAAACAAAAAGAUGUUAUUUUAUUUAUGUACAUAUCUAUUUUUUGCUAUUUAUUGCUUUAUUUUUAAUGCACGGCAGAGGAUGGAUGCGGAAGGCAGAAGCUCCAGACUCAGCCGUGCUGCAGGGCUGUGGCUCUCCCACUGUUCCCCUGGUGCAGAGCCUGUGUGGUGCAGCCGAGGAGUGUGACUGGAGCAGGGACCAGGAUGUGCUAAUGGCAUCUCUGCAGGGCUGGGAUGUACCAGCAGCUUGUGUCCGAGCAUCCGUGGUGGCAAUUAAAACUGUGUUCAUGGUAUGGAA